AUGUUAUUGGAUUUUGUCGGAAAUCCAUUUGAUCUUCCCAACGAGGUAGAUGAUGUGAAGGGCUACGUUCGGCCUUUGGCAGCUGUCAAUGCCGCUAUUGGGGAACAGGUUGAUGCAAUAUUCAGCUACAAAUCACCUCUUGAUCCUGAUCUCCUGGACACAGAACUGAAGAGGUGGAGCGAAAGAAAUGGUGAUCUUUCAUUACGGGAGUUAGAUAUUAGAAGUGGUACAGGUUUAGUGGCAUUAGGCUUUUGUAGCGACGCAGAGCAACUGAUUGGCAUUGUUACCCCAGGUUAUGCAAUGGGUUGUCUUGCACGCAGUUUUGAAAAAGAAACCGACGGCGGUAGCAGGUUUUUGCUCAGUGUUGGGGCCUUAGAAUACAAUGAGGAUACAGGUGCUUUAGUCUGUGACUACAUUAAACCUUUGGAAGAAGCUACCCGUUUGGGGCUUCCCGUUGUUACACCUCUUUCCUGGAAGGAACUGAGGGCGACUACAUUAUUGACAGCUGCUCUGGCAAAAUUCGGCAAGGCCCAGGGUGCAGUACACUUAUAUGAUGCUUUAACUUAUUCUAAGUCGGUCGUUAAGAUACCUGAAGGCAAGAAACGUCUGAAGCUUGCGGAUUUUAACAUACCAAAAGGUUCAUCAGUUGAAGAUAUUGUUGCCCGCUUCAACCAGCUCUACGGGUUAGAUCUGGGUAAUUUCCAGUAUUACGGAGAUAGCACUGCAGAGACUGUAUUUGUGCUUAAUGGCUCCGUUGAAGGAGAUUUAUUCGCAUCUAUGAUUCAAGACCAAACACAAGUCGGGCUAAUUGCGGUCAGGAUUCCCUCCCCAUUUAAUGGACCUGCCUUCGUUAAAAUUGUACCUGAGUCAGCGACUAAUAUUGUCGUAAUUGGGCAAUGCCAAGAAAAUAACACAUAUUCAUGGCUAAAAAGCACCAUUUCGGCAGCCCUUUUCUACUCCAACAAGCGUAAUAUUCGUGUCUCUGAAUAUAUCUUUCAUCCCGAUUUUUUUUGGUCGCCAAAUGCUGUUGUUCAAAUAUUGAAUGAAUUCGACUACUCGUUGAAGCUAGGCUCUGAUACUGAAUCAAAAGAUUUCAUUUAUUGGUCAUCUGAUUACAGUUCCGAAAUCGAUGUUCCGGCGCGUCUAGUCCAUGCUCUUUCCUUAAUUGACGGUGUAGAAGUUACUAUGCGCACGAAGUUUGAUAACUUCACAAAUGCGGGGAUAUUCCAAGCUCAGUUUUCCGUCGCCCCAGUAGGCGUUCACAGUGUUGUUUCAAACAUUGAUUCCUCUAAUGUUACGUUUGUGGAGGAUAUCAAUAUAUUGCGUUUUAUUGAUAUCGCAGGAACAGUCCGUGAUAAUGGCACUAUUAUAUUGGUUUCCAGGAAAAGCUUAAAGGGUAUUGAUCUGCAGGACCAAGACACACUUGUUGAUCAGCUCCAACUUCCAACUACCUUUUUAGAUACGGUUCGGAACAAGCGUAUUAAACUGGUGUUUUUAGAUGCCGAUGCCAUUGGUGAAAGGGAAGAUACAAAACACAAAACCUUAUCGUUCGUCUAUCAAGCAGUAUUUUGGCGUUUUGCUUAUGGAUACGAUAUACAAAGCACCGUGAGAGCUAUUUGGAGUUCUGCUGGGGCCGAUAUAGAAUUGUUAGCCGCUGUGAUCGCAGACCUUAUUACGGAUUCCUUCCAAAAGGGACUAAUCGAAGUACCUGUUGUAUACAAGAAAUCCAAUACAGUAGCAGAUGCAUCUUCCGAUAGUCCUAGCUCUCAAUUGCCUAUAUUCAUGGCAGACACGGCAGCUGCCCCCAAUCCACGAGAUCAGAAGAAGUAUCCGGAAUUUGAGCUUGGUAAUGCUCAAAUAAUUGCCAAAAAGAUUGCAUUUAAAGAGGCGUAUGGAGUAACUUCGGAAAUCAGGCCAGACUUGUCAAUGAAUAAUUUUAUUGUUAAGGUUAAAGAGAAUCGGCGUGUGACCCCCACUGAUUACGAGAGAUAUAUCUUCCAUAUUGAAUUUGACAUAUCAGGAACUGGCUUAAAGUAUGAAAUAGGUGACGCCCUGGGUAUCCAUGCCCGAAAUAAUGAGGAGAGUGUCAAAUCUUUUCUCCACGCUUACAGAUUAAAAGAAGAUGGCAUUAUUGUUCUGCCAAGCAAAAAUGAGGCGGGUUACUUGGAAUCAAGGACAGUUUUGCAAGUUUUUGUGGAGAAUUUGGAUAUCUUUGGAAAACCCUCUAAGCGCUUUUAUGAAGGUCUGGUCGAGUUUGCGGAAGAUGAGGCAGAACGGCUCAAGCUACAGCAUCUAGUUUCUCCCGCUGGUGCCAGCGAAUUAAAGCGUUUUCAGGACGAGGAAUACUAUACUUAUGUUGAUAUUUUUGACCUAUUCCCCUCUGCAAGGCCUCCGUUGGAUCGUUUGAUUGAGCUUAUCGCGCCACUAAAAAGAAGAGAGUAUUCGAUCGCAUCUUCCCAACGUGUACAUCCCAAUGAAUUGCAUUUAUUAAUUGUUGUAGUUGACUGGGUUGAUAGAAGAGGUAGAAAACGUUAUGGGCACACAUCAAAGUAUCUCUCUGAGUUGAUGGUUGGAACUGAAAUCGUAGUCUCAGUCAAACCCUCAGUUAUGAAGCUACCAGCAUCUCCUUUACAGCCUAUUAUAAUGUCUGGUUUAGGCACAGGGCUAGCGCCUUUUAAGGCGCUCGUCGAAGAGAAGGCCUGGCAAAAGUCACAGGGGCAAGAUAUCGGUGGUGUCUACCUAUUCAUGGGAUCCAGACAUAAAAGGGAAGAAUAUCUUUAUGGAGAAUUGUGGGAGGCGUACAAAGACGCUGGUAUUAUCACACAUAUUGGUGCUGCGUUUUCAAGAGAUCAGCCACAUAAGAUCUAUAUCCAGGACAGAAUUAGGGAAGUCUUGCAUGAGCUCUCAACUGCACUGAUUGAGAAGGAGGGUACAUUUUAUCUAUGUGGACCAACCUGGCCUGUACCCGAUAUAACUCAAGUUUUGAAAGACAUCAUUGCUGCUGAUGCCGCUUCUAGAAACAUCGAGGUUGAUUUGGACGCUGCGAUUGAGGAGUUGAAGGAGACAUCUAAGUAUAUCUUAGAAGUAUAUUGA